GAGAGAGAGGGCGCUGUGUCUAAGAAACACUCAGACAGAACAUAUGAGCAGUCGCGGCUCGUCUCGCGCCAGAGAUGCUGAUAUCUGCACCGGAGCAAGAGCUCUUUAAACACAGAGUCACAUUACAGCUGGAGAGAAAACAUCUCGCUCAGAGCCACAGCUGAACAUAAGACAAGAUAGAGAAAGAGAGAGAGAAAGAAAGAGAGAGAGUGUUUGAAAGAAAAAUUGAAAGAAAACUACACCGAAAAAGAAAGAUCAUUAUAGACGUGUUGUGGCAGUUUCACAUUCCCACAGAUGAGAUGGAUUCACUCUUAACAUCGCUGGUGUGCAGAGACGCCACACAUCUGGACGUCUGAUGAUCAUGGAGAGCAUGUUUAUUGGUAACGCCUGCCAGAGCGGUCUGGUGCCAGCGCUGCUACGAGCUCCUCUGCCCACCGUGACAUCUUCUCUGGGCAUGAAACAAUUCCUUUCCUUCCCGCUGGACAACGGUUCAACGCUGGGUCUGAUGACUGGCUUCAGCUCUGUGAGUCUCACACGUACAGUAUACAGACACUGUGACUGAGAUGGACCCUGUUCAGAAGGCUGUUUUACAUCAAUCGUUUGGUGUUCCUGCUACUUCUAAAAAGAAAUGUGCUUCAUGCGGCGUGUGCCAGCUGAGAUUUAACUCACAGAGCCAGGCACUGGCCCACUACAAAGGCACCAAACAUGCCAAGAAGCUGAAAUCCUUGGAUGGCCCGAAAUGCCUCAAACAGAAGAGUCCAAUCGCCAGGGAAAAUACCAACAAGGAGCCACCUAGAGGUCUCUCACCAUCGACGAUGGCCAACAAUACAGACAUAACAGAUGGAGGUCCUGAAGAUCUCGUGGCCCCUGCAUCUCCAUCUUCUGUGCUGAUUUCUGGUCCUAACAUGAGCCCCACAGAUGGAGAGUCUACCUCAGUACCUCAAGGAGGCGAGGACGUCGUCAUGCCCAGUCCUCCUCAGUCGACAGAACAGGAAAGUGAAGUGACCCUAGAGGAGGAGGAGUCAGAGGAGGAGAAAGCCCUCCGCCUCCUUUACUGUUCGCUCUGUAAGGUGGCCGUCAACUCCGUAUCCCAGCUGGAGGCUCACAAUAGUGGCACAAAGCACAAAACCAUGCUGGAGGCUCGCACUGGAAGCGGUUCCAUCAAAUCUUUUCCCAGACCGGGGGUUAAAAGCAAACUGACAACGCCCACCAAAACAGACACGGGCCUGCAGAACAAGAUGUUUCACUGUGAAACCUGCGACGUGCACGUCAAUUCAGAGACGCAGCUCAAACAGCACAUCAGCAGCAGACGUCACAAAGACAGAGCAGCGGGAAAACCAGCUAAACCCAAGUACGGUCCUUACAGCAAAACCCAAAGAGGACCAAUCAAACAGACGCAGGUAAAGAUGGCAAUAGGAAAAGAUUUGUGUCCAUCUCUGACAGGCCGGAUAUUGCCGUCACACCUGGCAGCUGUCGCUGCGGCGGCCGCUGCCGUAAGCUCCGCCUUUCCGCUGCGUGCCUGCCAUAACCCCGCCCUCUUUCAGACUCAGACCCUCCCUGCCACACUGCUCCGUCCCUCCCCGGGGCCAAUCAGGACUGCUCACACACCUGUACUGUUUGCCCCUUAUUGACCUUUGAACUCUGACCUCAUGUGCUUGGAUCAUCGCACCAUUUCCUCACACCGGGCUCACAGCCCACGUCUAAUGCGACAUAUCGCAAUAAUUGGAAAACAAAAACCCAAACCAGGUAACUAUGCAUUGUCAUUUUUAUGUGACACACUGAAGCUAUAAAUGUCCUGGUGAAUUGUUCGUUCAUUAUCAUCAUGGUACAAUGUGUACAACUUUGAAGAAAAUGUGAGUAUAAUAUACGCACCAUCAUGCUGAUCCUAACUGUAUUCUUUUCUGUCUUCUGUGAAACACAAGAGUUGAUGUUAUGCAGAAGGUCCGAGCUGUUCCAUGUAACGGGAACAAGAUCGUGAUUUACAUUGACAAGCCCCAGAAUGAUAAAAAUACCACAAAUCUUUUACCAUAUAAAAAUAUCACAAACAUAUUUGAAUGAAUCAUGCUAUUAUUCAAGCCAAGAAAUUGUUGCAGUCAAUAUGUUUCAGUGCUUUGGAGGACUCAAAUCUGCCACACAGAUCUGUUUCUAAUGCUUUUAUUUCAAUGUGCAUUUGUUGUACAGAAAGUAAGAGCAGUUUGUGUGUUCAGUUUGUGUUUACUGAAGAAGAAAAUGAUACACAAUGAAUAUGUGUAUGAGUAUAUACUGAGAAAAUGUACUUUUGGGAUUCAAUUUGGGAUGUUAUGGGAGGUUUUAUUUGACUGCUGUCGCACUUUAAGCUGUUUUGGUUGUAGAUUUUCACUGCUUUACAUGACUUUAGCUGUUAAUGUAAUGAGAUGAUCAGUACUUCAUUUGUAAUGAUGGGUGAUGGGUCCAGUAGUGUGAGAUGGGAUAUCUGUAGGAGUUGUGUCACAUUACACAAAUGAAAAAAAAAGUCUUUGAGUACUUAUGCUAAGCUCACCUUGUGUCAGAAAAAUGAUGAGACAGAUGAAAAAAAUGACUUUAAGGCUGGAUUUACACUGCAUAUCUUGAUGCCCAGUUCCAAUUUUUUGCCUGUAUCUGAUUUUUUCGCCGACCUGCUUACAUCAUCUUUUUAAGGCGACUCGUAUCCGAUAUAUGCAUCUACACUAAACACUUGGCAAAACAAUUCAAGGUAGACAUACUGACCCGGAACAGCUUAAAAGGAAGUAAAAUUUUGCGUUAUGCAAUGCACAGACAAAAUGAAUAUACAAGAUUAUAAAGCUUUAUUUCUGUAACAAGACAUAAAACUUCAACAUUACUCUACUAAGCGGAGCCGUCAUCCUCCAUUGCGCUGCUAAGAAGAGUCAUGUGAUCGCAUUUUUAAUGACGCACGAAACGUCUUUACACACUGAUCUGCCCGCUUACGUUGCGGACCCUAAUGCAUGUAUCCAAAUUCAUAUCCGAUUUAUUUCCACAUAUUAAUGAGGUCUGAAACCGAUCGGAGAAUAUCGAAAUCUAUGCGCUUUAUUCCUGCAUGCCACAAGAUAAUCGAGCUGAAUUUGGGCCAACUUUUAUUUUGUGCCACCAUACUUGGUCGUAUUACUACUCGUUUUAAAAGGGGAAAAUGUAGAUGUGUUUGGUCAUUUCUAACUUCAUCUCUGUUUGGCAGCAUUGAAUGAAGUCGCGAUCGUCUUCGGGGUUGAACCGAUUAUCUUAUGAGAUUUUCCUGUGGUGUGCGGUGUGUUAAGAGCCUCUGAAUCUGCUUGGAAGCACUCCGAUUGCAAAUCGUAAAUAUUCAACAUAUUCAGAAAUCAAAAAGUGGGUAAUCGCAAAGGAAAAAAGGAACACACACGCAGUAGAUUGUCAUGUGAAACGAAAAGAUACCCAAUCAGAAAUGAACUGAAAAAGCAGUCCAUUGUAUUAAUGCCAUUUCUUUAUGCCCGUUGUUUGCCAUGUUUGUUUACUGUGAAGUCACGUUUGGCCACGAGAAACAUCAGGUUUUCUCAGAUGAGACUCGUUAUUUGUGAUGUUAAUCUGAUGGUGCGUGGUGUGCUGUCAUGACCACAUAGCGGCACUCCACACACUAUAGGAACAAACGUGUUAAGUCGUCAAUUUUUUUCAUCACGUUCACAUUUUGAAAAUCUGAUGGUUUGGUUUGGCACUAGCUUUACACGUUCCUUGGUCAUAUCCAAUCUGUGCCACGUGAGAGGGAAAAUCGGAAUUGAGUCACUUCAAACAUGCAAUGUAUAUGCAGCCUAACAGUGACAUUACAAUGUGUGAUCAGAAGUUCAAAUCUGUGAAAGUUCAUGUACGCAGACUCCUAUCUGUAAUAUGUCAUUUUUGAUAUUACAAUACUUCAAUCCCAGUUUAAUUUUCACAGUCAUUCAUUACUCACAGGUUGAUUUCCCUAAAAAGUGUAAACACUGUAAUCUGGUCUGUACUCUGUAAAAAGUGAAAGUUGGUUUAAAAUUAUUUCAAUUGGUAACACCUCAAAUAAAAGUUUUUUUUCCAA